AUGGUGUGUCUUCUUCGGAGAGUUUCUGUGGUGGUUUUCUUCUUAGCAUUUUGGGGUUUUGCCCUGGGGGACAGGCUGCUGGUGGUCCCUCAGGAUGGAAGCCACUGGCUCAGCAUGAGGGACAUCGCAGAGCGUCUCGGUGAAAAAGGGCACGAGAUCGUGGUGGUGGUGCCCGAAGUCAAUCUGCUCCUCCAAGAGUCCAAGUACUACACAAGGAAAAUCCACCCAGUGCCCUAUGACCAGGAAGAGCUGGCAGCCCGUUACCGCUCCUUCGGGAAACACCACCUUUAUCCUCGCUGGCUGGUGACUGCCCCCAUGGUGGAGUAUAGCAACAACAUGAUUGUCAUCAAUAUGUACUUUACCAACUGCCAGAGUCUCCUGAGGCACGCAGACACCCUGCGCUUCCUCCGGGAGACCAAGUUCGAUGCCCUGUUCACAGACCCGGCCUUACCUUGCGGGGUGAUCCUGGCCGAGUACCUGAGCCUGCCCUCCGUCUACCUCUUCAGGGGCUUCCCCUGCACCCUGGAGAACACGUUCACCAGGACUCCGAGCCCCCUGUCAUACGUCCCCAGGUUCUACACUCAGUUCUCCGACCGGAUGACCUUCCUCCAGAGGGUGGGCAACUUCCUGGUGAACUACCUGGAGAACAUUCUGCUCUACUUGCUGUAUUCCAAGUAUGAAGACCUGGCGGGGGAGCUCCUUGGGAGGCAGGUGCACUUGCCGGCCUUGUAUCGGAAGGCCUCCAUUUGGCUGUUAAGAUAUGACUUUGUGUUCGAAGGAGACUUUGUGAUGGACUACCCCCGGCCAGUCAUGCCCAACAUGGUGUUCAUUGGGGGUAUCAACUGUGCCAACAGGAAGCCGUUAUCUCAGGAAUUUGAAGCCUAUGUAAAUGCUUCUGGAGAACAUGGAAUUGUGGUUUUCUCUUUGGGCUCAAUGGUCUCAGAGAUUCCGGAGCAGAAAGCUAUGGAAAUUGCUGAUGCUUUGGGCAAAAUACCUCAGACAGUCUUGUGGCGGUACACGGGGACUCCACCACCGAAUCUUGCAAAGAAUGUAAAACUUGUCAAGUGGCUGCCCCAAAAUGAUCUGCUUGGUCACCCAAAGACUCGGGCCUUUAUCACACAUUCCGGCUCCCAUGGCAUUUAUGAAGGAAUAUGCAAUGGCGUUCCCAUGGUGAUGAUGCCCUUGUUUGGUGAUCAGAUGGACAAUGCAAAGCGCAUGGAGACCCGGGGAGCUGGAGUGACCUUGAAUGUCCUGGAAAUGAGUUCAAAAGAUUUAGAAAAUGCCCUGAAAGCUGUCAUCAAUGAAAAAAGCUAUAAGGAAAACAUCAUGCGCCUGUCCAGACUUCACAAGGACCGCCCCAUAGAGCCUCUGGACCUGGCUGUGUUCUGGGUGGAGUUUGUGAUGAGGCACAAGGGGGCGCCCCACCUGCGCCCUGCAGCCCAUGACCUCACCUGGUACCAGUACCACUCUCUGGAUGUGAUUGGCUUCCUCCUGGCGGUCGCGCUGACAGUCAUCUUCAUCACCUUUAAGGCCUGUGCCUUCGCCUUCCGGAAGUGCUUUGGGAAGAAGGAGCAAGCGAAGAAAUCUCAUAAAUCCAAGACACACUGA